CAACAGCGAGACCCAUUUCCUUCUUCUAUUCCUAUUAUUUUCAUUUGGCGUCUCUCUCUCCUCUCUCCCGACGAUCGAUUUCUCUCCAGAAACUUCUCUGAAGACCGUCGCCGCCACCGCUCUACCUUUGCCCGCUGUUAUACCCAAGUAGGAAGAGUGAGUGUUGUUGAGCAAAUAAGAUUUGGAUUCCUAGAGAAAUUAAAACAAAUGAAAAUGCAGACAGACUUCUCUUGCUUGGUAGAGUCGAUGCUGAGUUUUCAUUCGAAAAAGCUAAAGACUUGGUCUAUCUGACUUUGCUGUGGGUUUAUUCCAUUUUUCCUUUUGAAGAUUAAGCUGUGUAAUGGAUAACGAGCGGAAAUUGAUAUACCAUGAGAGGCAAAGACUCCAAUUCUGCUUAUUACAUACCCUCAACAAUCUAUUCCAGGAAAAGGAUGCAUUCACUCGAGCCCAUCUGAAUGUCAUUGCUGAAAAACUUGACCUCGUGGAUCCAAAUAAGACCACCUGGACUCCCUUGUCUGUGAUCUUUAAGCCUCAUCAUAAUGCACUUACAGGGAAUUAUGAUAUUAAUGUCCUAAUUGCUGCACUUGAAGAAAGAGGGAAAAGUGUAAUAUGGCAUGAUCGGCGUUGUGGUGCUUCUUCAAUCGAUCUUGAUGAACCGGAGGAUAAACUAUUUGGCAUUGUACUUAAUGUUCCUGUAAGAAGGUAUGGUGGCUUAUGGAGAAGUAGGCAUUGGAUUGCAUUAAGAAGAGUUGAAAGAGUUUGGUACAAUUUGGAUAGUGAUUUAUCUGCUCCCUAUCCUUUUAAAAAUACAGAAGAAAUUAGGGGAUUCUUGGAUGAUGGCAUAUCAAUUGGUGGUGAGGUUUUGCUUGUCAUGAAUGGUGAAGGAUGAGAUUUGAGAAACAACAGUGAGGAAUAUUUGGUUUCAGAUGCAUCUCUUUUUCAAGGUCUCCUCUGGUCUUUUGCUGGCUACUUGUUGCUGCACCGCCUAUUGACAUGUAUUGCACGUGAUUGCAUCCUGUCAGCACAAGUAAUGGUAGAAGAUGGAACUGAAAGUGUUUAGAAGGUUAUAAUGAUAACGGGUUCAUAAGAAAGUAUACUCCUGGCAUUAGCCUUACUCCGUCACCAUUAUUUUUGAUGGAUGUAAAAAACAGCUGAUGCUUUCUGUCUGAAAGGAUAGGCAAGUUUCAGCCACACGUUUUGUCUUGGGGUUGAAUUUGAAUUGAGGGAGCUGUUGUGUUGUUCAUAGUGUUGACUGCCCAGCUUAGACAAAUGGUAAUUACGUUCAGAUACAAGGAACCAAGUUGAGGAACUGGUUUGCUCCUCCAAUCAUCUUAACGGAGAUCAUGAACCAAUGCAAGACUUGUAUAGAAGUGUGUGAUUCAAAAAAUGUGGUGUCUGUAAAUACCCUCGUUUGGGGCAACAUUGAUCAUUCCGCAAGGGAUGUGCCUGCCUGCCUGCCUGCUUGUGUGUGCUGAUGUUAUGAUGCUUGUAUGAACUCAUGACAAUCAUACCUGGGAUUCGCAAGUUGCAUCA